UCUGGCCCCAGGACUCUAUAUCCUUCAGAGUAGGGGCAAAGGCACCUCAGUAUCUGGGCAAGGGAUCAUGAAGAGACAAUGGGGAGCCCUGCUGGGGCUUCUGUGGGUCCAGAUUUGCUGGGUGAGAGGAGUGAAGGUGGAGCAGAGCCCUUCAGUCUUGAAGCUCCAGGAAGGAGCCAACUCUACUCUGAGGUGCAAUUUUUCUGACACAGUGAGCAAUGUGCAGUGGUUCCAGCAGAAUCCCGGAGGCAGCCUCACCACGCUGUUUUCCAUAACUUCAGGGACGAAGCAGAAAGAAAGGCUGAGUUCCACAGUGAAUUUUAAGGAACGGUAUAGCACCCUACACAUCGCAGCCUCCCAGCUGGAAGACGCAGCCACCUACCUCUGUGCGGUGGAGGCACAGUGCUCCCCGGUGAUCUGCAGCCUGUGCCCAAACUGCAGCUGCCUCAGCCCCGCCCCUCCGCAGGGCUACACCAUGCAACUGGACUGUGUCAGUCUUGGAAACGAGGUGGAGCAGAGUCCUUCUACCCUGAGUGUGCAGGAGGGAAACACCGCUGUUAUCACCUGCACUUAUACAGACACUGCUUCAGAGUAUUUCCCUUGGUAUAAGCAAGAACCUGGAAAAGGUCCCCAGCUCCUUGUAGCUAUUCAUUCAAAUAUGGGUGAAAAAAAAGACCAGAGACUGACUGUUUUCUUGAAUAAGACCUCCAAACGUCUCUCCCUGCACAUCGCAACCAUCCAGCCUGGAGACUCAGCUGCCUACUUCUGUGCAGCAAGGACACAGCGCUGCCCAGGCAGCCGCUACCUGUCCUCAUACUUGUGA